GGCGUUACUUGGGUUUUUUAGUUUACCAAAUUGGUUCGUGUCGUGUAGGUUGUGCGUGCAGUAGGUGCGCUGCCGGAAAAUGCAGUAAAUACCAGCAGCAAAAGUGUUUCCUUCCUUAGCGCAAUCGAAAUAGCAUGUCAACAUUUUAAAGAUACACAACUCUUCAAAAGCAUAAAAUGUGAGUCGCGACUGUUUUUUUUGUUCAAUCCAGUGCAGUGUGUUUGUUUUGUACGUAAAUCGUGUGUAUAUUAGUUUCGCUGUGCCUAUAUGAAGUAUGAAAUGUGUAACUAUGUUACUAGUUGAAGUGCAAUAUUAGUUAGCAGUAUUGAUGUGCCGUAGCAGAAUCACAGAGAAGAGAUUGAUGCACUCUUCUGCCACGGUUUGCGUAGGCUGUGUGUGUGUUUGUGUUGCGUUUAGGUGCAUGUGUGGUCACACAGUGUGGCGUGUUGCAGUGCAGUUACCAGCUGCCGAUCUUUUAUGUUGAAGUAUAUUUAGUGCUAGAAUCUGCGUGCGGUAGAUUCCACUUCAUCACUGCUCCUCCGCCCGGCUCCUGCACUGGUGGAACAGUGGAUAGGCACUGAGAGUCCCGUAAAUUUGAAAGAAAUGUCCGUUGUCAGCUUAAACAGAAUGUUCCGGGGGAAGAUUCGCACCAACACCUGUCGUAUCGUAGUGCUCACCUCACUCGUGUGGCUGCUGAUCGAUGUGAUACUGAUAGUGAAAUAUGCCGACUGUCCCAGUACCGGUGGCGGGUCAAGCUGGCUCUGCAAACGGAACGGUGACGGCUAUGAUGUUGAGGUGCCAAAUGCAGCCCGACAGUCGCAGCAACAACGCCGGGCGGCUGCCCCCGAGGACGACGAUCCCAUCGUGGACGCGGAGGAGAUUGACACCAACUCGAACAACUUCGGUGACCCGGGCGGCUACGGUGGCGGCGGCGGCGGCGGGGGUCGCGAUGCCGACAGUUCAAUGCCUCGCACGUAUCGGCCGCAGGAGCUGAAGAAGUGGCGGCAGGCACCAACGGUCGCCGAAAACUAUGGUCGUCCCGGUGAAAUGGGUAAACCAGUAAAAAUUCCAGCGAACCAGCAGGAGCUGAUGAAGGAAAAGUUCAAAGAAAAUCAAUUCAAUCUCCUCGCCAGUGACAUGAUCUGGCUGAAUCGAUCGCUCGCCGAUGUGCGCCAUCACGACUGCAAAAAGAAACACUACCCGGCGAAGCUGCCAACGACCUCCAUCGUGAUCGUGUUCCACAACGAAGCCUGGAGCACGCUGCUCCGCACGAUAUGGAGUGUGAUAAAUCGGUCGCCCCGGCCACUGCUGAAGGAAAUCAUCCUCGUCGAUGAUGCGAGCGAGCGGGAACAUUUGGGCCGCCAGCUGGAGGAGUACGUCCGCACGCUGCCGGUACCGACGUUCGUCCUCCGGACCGGCAAACGGUCCGGUCUGAUCCGUGCCAGACUGCUCGGUGCCAAACACGUCAAGGGGCAAGUGAUCACAUUCCUGGACGCGCACUGCGAAUGUACCGAGGGCUGGCUGGAGCCACUGUUGGCGCGCAUCGUGCUGGACCGCAAAACGGUCGUCUGUCCCAUCAUCGACGUGAUAUCGGACGAAACGUUCGAGUACGUGACGGCAUCCGACCAGACGUGGGGAGGCUUUAACUGGAAGCUAAACUUCCGCUGGUACCGUGUGCCGGCGCGGGAAAUGCAGCGACGCAAUCACGACCGCACGGCACCGCUGCGGACGCCCACGAUGGCCGGUGGACUGUUUUCGAUCGAUCGGGACUACUUCUACGAAAUCGGCUCGUACGACGAGGGCAUGGACAUUUGGGGUGGCGAAAAUCUGGAAAUGUCAUUCCGGGUCUGGAUGUGCGGUGGUACGCUCGAGAUUGCGCCCUGUUCCCGCGUGGGCCACGUUUUCCGGAAGUCGACGCCGUACUCGUUCCCGGGCGGCACCUCGCAGAUAGUUAACAAAAACAAUGCACGGCUCGCCGAAGUGUGGCUCGAUGGUUGGAGUGAAUUUUACUACAACAUUAACCCAGGUGCCCGGAAAGCAUCCGCAGGUGAUGUCAGUGAGCGACGGGCGCUUCGAGAGCGUCUGAAGUGCAAGAGCUUCCGAUGGUAUCUGGAAAACAUCUACCCCGAAAGUCAGAUGCCACUGGAUUAUUACUUCCUCGGCGAGAUUCGCAACGUGAAAACGCACAACUGUCUCGACACGAUGGGCCGCAAGUCGAACGAAAAGAUUGGCAGCAGCUACUGUCACGGGCUGGGCGGCAACCAGGUGUUUGCGUACACGAAGCGCCACCAGAUCAUGUCGGACGACAACUGUCUCGAUGCGUCGAACGCGCUCGGACCGGUCAAUCUGGUCCGGUGCCACGGGAUGGGCGGCAAUCAGGAGUGGAUCUACGAUGAUGAGGAAAAAACGAUCAAGCACGUGAACAGUGGCAACUGUUUGACGCGCGCAUCGGAGGACGACCCAUCGACACCGCUGCUGCGGCCGUGCAACUACUCCGAAGGCCAGCAGUGGCUGAUGCAGUCCAAGUUCAAGUGGCAAGCGCACCACGGCGACAACCGUAUCGGUGAGGACAGAUAAGACGCACUGUACCGUGUUCGAUCCGGUGUCGUACAGCGCCCGUCCGGCCAGCGGCAAACCGGCACCAUCGAACGCUACGGAAGCAACAUCGGUAGCAGUGGCAGUAGCGAUAGCAGCAGUAGUAGCAGCAGCAGCAGCAGCCGAAGCCGUAACAGCAGCAGUAACCACAACUAUCAAGCAACUAUCAAGCGUGCACACACGGGUGGUGUCGGUAUGAUGCCGACAAACCGUUGAAUGCAUCGAUCAAUCCACUGUGCAGCAGUGUAGGUGAUGUAACAUUUGUACGGGAAGUAAUACGACGAACUCUCGAACUCGUCCUGCCAUUUGUAUUCCCCCUGGUGUUCCUGGUGCCGUGACACGGGUAACUAGUGUGAAGCGCGGAGAGAGGGAAUGUAUCAUUAUGACAGGACGCUAGACUCCCUCUCCCCGCUUCUAUCCCUGCCAAUCUGUCUGUCUGUCAGCGGGCGCUAUCAAGAAUUCCAUUUUUGUAGUAUAAUUUUUAUUCGCACCUGCACCGGUUGCGUUCAGUCUGACGGUGUACGUUAAGCACAUAGGUUUUAAUGGUCCAAUUGUUAUUGUUUGUCGCACACUUGUAAUUGUUCGUUUAACGUUGUUUCUUCCAUUGGAUCUUUCAGUUCGGAGCAGCAUUAAGCUUAGAUUUCUUUGAAGCUGCUGUAACUAUCUGACUGUCGUUUCGGGAAUUUUGUUUUCUUCUAUAAAGACCAACAAACUCCAGCCACUGAUUCAACUCCCGGAAGUCGAAGAAAAUUAACACACACACACACACACAAACAAAAAAUACAUAUCAGUUUGUAGUGAAGCACACACCAGCGCACUCUAAAUCCUUUUUUUGUUUGCAAUGCUUAGGCUAAUUGUUUUAUCAGUUACCUUGUUUUAUGUUUUAUUCCAUGUGUUAUUAAGGAAGGGUGCGAUGGAUAGACCCUCCCGGGAAGAAGAGAAAACAAAAACUUUAACAAACAAAAACAAAAAACCGCAAUGUUGGACCAUUUGCAUUUAUAGAAAGCACGCGCAUAGAGAGAGUGAAUGUUUCGGAUGAUGGGGGAAGAAGAAAAGUGGCAACAUGCACGGAAUUGAUGUCGAACUAAGCGGACGAAUAAUCGCUUCAUACCGGUCGACCACAUGCAGCGUAAGUGCAUGAUGCUGAGCCCCGAGGAACAACCACAUCCGUCUUGUACAUACAAUAUAUCAACCAGAAAGGGAAGCAAAUAGGGUAGACACACACACAUACACACACCACAGAGUAAAUGGGUGCAGAUGCAGGAUAAAGGAUAAACAAAACCGAUCACCACCUAUCAGUGGGAAAUGAUAUCAUUUAUUUGUAGUAGAUGGCGCGAUCCCUUUAAAAUAAUCAUGUAACACGAGAGUGUGCAAGAAUGUGAAAUGUUUCUUGUGGUAUUGGAGUAGUAAUCGAAAUGAUAGGAUGAGUAAAAUGGAGAAACGUGAUCAAGCACCGCACAGGAGAGAGAGAGAGAUAGUGAAUAAGUAAACCUGCAAAUGUGAAUGUAAAACACACACACAACUAAAAACAAGAGCGCGGACGAAGAAGAAGGAGCUGAAGGCGAAAAAAACGGUUAAGAAAUGUCAUGAAUGGCAAAUGAUAUAUACAUAUAGAUAUAAUAAUUUGUAAAAAACAGAGAUAUUAGAAGAGACUUCUCAAGAGAAUUUUUUGCGGCGAAAGCGGAGAGAAAAGAAGACGAAAGUGUGCGAAACGCAACUAUCAUUGAACAUGAGGCAUGGCACUGUCUAGUGGCGCACAAUCGAGCACUACCGUACACAGAUAUCGUUUGUACGGGGCGUGCGUAUGUAAGAAAACAAAGGCAACAAAACAAGGAACAAACAAACAAACAAAAAGAAACAAAUGUCCCGCUACAGAGUGACAAAAAACAAACCAAUAUCCCCGGGCUGGCGAAGCAAAACAAUCGACACACCGCUACCGUUUAAAGGGGGGAUGUGUGUGACCGUGUUGGCACACAGAAACACAGUUUUAAUUAGUUCUUCCAUUCGUUUUAUGCUUUAACACUUUAAUUCCACCUUAGUAUCAGCAACAAUCAGAUGUUCUUCGCACGACGACUGAGCUUGCACGCUCUUGCGGCGCUCAUCGCAGCGACGUUUGAAAGGAAAUACUGCAGUCGAUUGCGAUAUUAAACUGUUUCGUAGAAUGAUUUAAACCCCGAUAAUUGUAACGCCCUUUUUCGGUGGAUGCUCAAGAAGGGGACCUAUUUUAAAACAAUUCUAUAAGACCAAUAAGUUAACAACGCGGAGCGUAAUACUCUGUUUUAAGUCGUCCAAAAAUGUGCUUGAAAAGAGAGAGAGAGAGAGAGAGAGAGAGAGGUUAUCAUUUUUAUUGGAAAAGCGCGGUCCACUCGCUCACUCGCUUUUUAUAUGGUUUGUGCUUGUUUUUGUUAGGGUUAGCAUUUUAUUGGACAAACAAAAACAAUCCUCAUUAUGUGGAAAGUUUUUCUUUCCAAGCGAAACAGAAAGUUCGAUAAAAUAACAGCAUAAGGUUUGUUUUGCUGCUUUCCUGUACUAAUCCCUAAGUCGGAUUGCUUUUAUCUUAUCCUAUAUAUCUUUAAUCUUCAGGGUGAUGGUGUGCAAUUUAUUAAGUUUUAGAAAAACAUUUGUUUUACGAACACAAUUUCAACGUUUUUUUUACUAUUAUUAUUAUAAUAUACUUUAAACUUUAUACCAACUAAGUGGAGAACAAGCUGUGUUUAUACAGUGGCAGGCAUUAUCAGUCUGUUGAUCCUAUUAAUUGUAUGUUUUUUCUUCUUCUUCUUCUUUGUCUGUUUUUAUAACAAUUAAACAAAAUGUGUAGAAAACGAAUGUGCAUUAGUCGGUCUUUGCAAAAGAAGAAG